UUCCGGUAUUCAGCGGGUGGAAUUUCAGGUUCCUCGUCGUCCUGGUUGUUGGGGGGAUUUUCUGGGAGGGUAGGUCGUGUUAUUGCCCGAUUACCCCCGCCGUAUCGUACAUCCUCGCCUCCUACCUUCAUCAGACCCUUCAUGUAUGUAACUCCACGCGUUUGUGUCGGAGACAAGCAUGACGGAGAGCUCAGCGAGUCGGGAAGAGAACGGCGGUCCGUGUCAUGGUGCAGCAAACGGGCUGAAGGAGGGAAGGAACGGCUUCGUGAAGAACCACCACCACCAGCAGAAGAAGAUAUAUAAACAGCGCGACGAGAAGGUUCACCAUAGUGCGUGCAAUGGAGGGUUAUAUAGCAGGCCUUUCAUUGAGUCGUUUGAAGAGACGCCCAUGUUGGUGGCUGUGCUCACGUACAUGGGCUACGGCAUCCUCACCAUCUUCGGCUACCUGAGGGACUUCCUCAGGGCGAGGAAGAUUGAAAAAUGCCAUAUUGCCAGAGAAAGGGAGGAACAGAAGGAUUUUGUCCCACUCUAUCAAGACUUUGAGAAUUUCUACACUCGGAAUUUAUACAUGAGGAUUCGGGACAACUGGAACAGACCAAUAUGCAGCGUGCCUGCGGACAAAAUGGACCUGGUGGAGCGAGUUUCUUAUGACUACAACUGGACCUUUAGCUACACAGGCAGGGUGGUGAAAGACGUGAUCAACAUGGGCUCGUAUAAUUACCUGGGCUUUGCUGAGAACAAGGGCUCAUGUGCUGAUGCAGUGGCAGAAGUCAGUCUGAAAUAUGGAGUUGGAGUGGGCAGCACCAGGCAGGAAAUGGGUAACCUGGACCAGCAUGAGGAACUGGAGAAGCUGGUAGCCAGGUUUCUGGGCGUGGAGUCAGCCAUGGCUUUUGGCAUGGGUUUUGCAACCAAUUCCAUGAACAUUCCCGCGCUGACUGGCAAGGGCUGUCUGAUUCUGAGUGACGAGCUGAAUCACGCCUCUUUGGUUUUGGGAGCUCGACUCUCCGGCUCCACCAUCCGGGUCUUCAAGCACAAUAAUAUGCAGAGCCUGGAGAAGCUGCUCAGAGACGCUAUAGUGCACGGGCAGCCCAGAACACACCGGCCCUGGAAGAAAAUCCUCAUUUUGGUGGAGGGAAUCUACAGCAUGGAGGGCUCCAUCAUCCGCCUGCCUGAAGUCAUAGCCCUGAAGAAGAAGUACAAGGCCUACCUGUACCUGGACGAAGCCCACAGUAUCGGCGCUUUGGGGGGCAGCGGUCGAGGAGUGGUGGAGUACUUCGGCCUGGACCCCACAGAUGUGGACAUCAUGAUGGGCACUUUCACUAAGAGCUUUGGAGCAGCUGGGGGUUACAUUGGAGGGAAGAAGGAGUUGAUAGACUACCUGCGCUCUCAUUCUCACAGUGCGGUGUACGCCACUUCCAUGUCACCUCCAGUGGUGGAGCAAAUUAUCACUUCUAUGAAGUGCAUUAUGGGAGAGGAUGGAACCACUAUAGGCAGAGAGCGCGUCCAGCGGCUGGCGGAAAACACAGUCUAUUUCCGUAGGAGGCUACGGGAGAUGGGCUUCAUCAUCUAUGGCAACAACGAUUCACCUGUGGUUCCCCUGAUGCUCUAUAUGCCUGCCAAGAUUGGGGCUUUUGGUCGAGAGAUGUUGAAGAGGAAUAUAGGUGUGGUGGUAGUGGGCUUCCCUGCUACUCCUAUCAUCGAGUCCAGAGCACGCUUCUGUGUGUCUGCAGCCCACACCAAAGAAAUGCUAGAUCAGGCUCUGAGUGCGAUCAGUGAAGUGGGCGACUUGCUGCAGGUGAAGAAUUCCCGACACAGAAUCCUGCCCACUCUCGACCGGCCCUUUGAUGAGACCACAUAUGAGGAGUGUGAAGACUGAGAGUCUUCCAGUCCAAACCAAAAGUGCACUGCUCCUCUGGAGCUCUCCGAGAAGAGUCACUGAACCACUUAACAAAUGCCAUUCUUAUUUUUUUUUCUUUUUUUUAUCAUGAUUUUUUUUUUUUUAUAAAGCAUAUGGAGUUCCUAAUAACACUGAUGCUUUAAAGUGGAAAUUGUCUUCUUUUUUUCUGUCAUCUUAGUCGUUUCUUGUCUGUCAUUUUGUCAUAAGAUUUGAGAUGUGAACUUAAGUCAUUGUGACAUUUAUUGCGGGAAAAAGAAAUGCUUAAAUUCCUCUCUGUGAACCACAAGAGGCUUUGGACUGCUUAUGUUCUUGCUAAAGCCAUAUGUAACUGCAGCCCUCAAACCAAACCCUUUUUUUUUUUCCUGCACGCAGAAAGCAUCUUUUUCAAUAAGUGGGACCAGACCAGUGGGGAACAAAUUAUCAGUCCCAGAGACGCUGGCUUAGGAAAGCAACUAUUGGUUCUCCCGAUUGCUUUGUAGUACCUUUGCUAUGUUGACUAAAUCACACACCAAAAUCACCACAGCUUCGCCUUCUACGCGUUUACAUCGAUUCACAGCGUGAACUGGUGUCUUACUUGAACUUAGCGGUCAUUGCCAGUUAUUUUUUUCACUGCAAUAUCAAUCAGGACGGUCAGUGUUCAUAUCUGGAAAAUCUGUGGUCAUGCACAUCUAUCAGAUUUUCAUCUGUAAGAAAAAUAUGCGCAUACCAGAAUAAGCUAACAUCCAUCAAGUUCCAGUGCAGGAAACUGCUUCCAGAGGCUUGAACAUCUGUCCGUAGGAAAGCCCUGUGUGUAUGUUUCUAUUCGCCAAUAUUAAAGGGGCAGUCUGGCCAAAAUGAAAAACUUAACCAUGUCUAUAUUUGUUGUAAACAUGCUUAUUCACCCCCUUCUGAUGAUGUAUCUUGAAGGAAGGGGGAACUUUUGGCAACUUUUGGAAAAACUACAAGCGCUUUGGGGUGGGCUCUUUGCUACGAGCUUGCUAAUGCAGAAAGAAGCCAGAUAGCUAACAUUACUUCUAGAAAGAUGAAUAUCACGUCUAUAUUUGUUAGCCUAUAUAUCAGUGAAUUUCUUUAUGGCAGUAGGGUGGAUUCCCAGUGGUUACAUAUGAGCUUUGCAUGCUGGGUAUUGUAGUGAGAGAACACUGAUGGAUGACAACCCAAAAAGAUGCAAAGCUGUGAAUUCCGGUGAUCCGAUGAGGCUGAGGGGUGCAGCGUUCUGCUACAGAGUACUUCAUAACAUGACAAAUAACAUUUAAAUGCUAGUUUUAGGUCGAAAUGCCCCUUAAAAAGAACCAGAUUUUCCCUUUUUUUAAUAUUCUUGCUAGCAGAGUCUUAAAUGAUGCAUAUAUAAGCUUCAUUGUCAUGAAUUAAUAUCACCUUCGUCAAGCGGGUUUAUAGUCGUGUCUUUCAAUUUUUUUCUUUUUUAGUUCUUUAUUUAUACCCCCUUUUAUAUGCUCUGACCACAAGCUUUAUCAUAUUUUUCUUUUGUCAUUUAGUGUAUUUUGAAGUCUUCAGGCCAUGUCAGGAGUCUUAACGCCUGCUUUAUAUGUGCUUUCUCUUACACUCCAGUUUCUCUGUGUACAUAUUUAUUUAUUAUGAAUGUGUUCUUGUCUUUAUUCUUGGAAAACUGCACUCCAUUUAUCUAAGGCAGCUCCAGAAGGCCUCACACGUGCACGCUUGUCUACAGUGUGCAUGCUCUCAUGCAGAUACUACUGAUGAGUAUUUUUCUAUCAUCUGUAACCCCCUCAAAUGCACGUACGACGUCACUGAAGCUGCUAGUUUACGAUAAAAGGUGCUCAAAUGAACACGGUUUGUGGCUUUUGUGGCUUUUCAUUCCAGAUCUUUGUUAUCACUGUUGUUGGUCAUUAAUCUUUGCAUUGCGUUUGUUGAUUAUAAGAUGUUUCACGUGGCAUUUUGCUUUCUGAUUUGUCCUUUUUAAAUCAAAAAAGGAUGGAUUGUAAAAUAAGACAGUUAAGUAUAUACAAGACAAAAGUAUAUAGCUGCAGUUAUAUUGAAUUAUACACCAGAUUACAUGAGAAAGAAAUUAUUUUUUUCCUUAGGAUCACAGCGUGUGAGAAGAUGCGAGAUGAGAAAAUGAGGUGGCCUAACCACUGAAAUACAUUUUAUUUUAUUAUAUUUUUCUUUCUUACAUAUAUGUACUUCCUAGGAUAAACGCUGAGGGUAUUUCUCAGUUUUUGUAGUACCGUGGACCAGGUCUGAGGACAGCAGGACAGUUUCAGUGUAAAUCUAAACCAAGUCACUUGCUUUAUAGGAACAUGUCUGUGUUUAACAACUUGGAAUUCCUGCAAAGACUGCAUACCAUAUGAUAGACCUCCUUUUUGGAUCAAAGUACACUGUGGGCUUCGUAUUAAACUGUUUCACUCCUUGGAGGACAUUAAAAUACAAGCACUGAAGUGUA